CUGAAGCCCCUACUCCAUUGUGUGUGAGGCAUCCAAUGCAAGCGUUUAUUUGCAGGCUUUCUACAUUCAUUGUCGGGGGGUGAACUCCUGAGGAGCGAAUGACGAAACAAAUUUUGCUUUUCUUUACAUUCAGAGGACUUGUGAGCAAAGGUAAAAAGGGUAAAAAAAGAAAAUGGCCAAUUUUAUAUUACGGAAAGCCCAACCCAAGGACGUGUCUGAUAUCCUGCGACUAAUAAAAGAACUUGCUAAAUUUGAAGAAAUGGAGGAGAAGGUGAUGUUGACUGAGAAAGAUUUACUUGAAGAUGGCUUUGGAGAUCAUCCAUUCUACCACUGCCUGGUUGCUGAAGUCCCAAAAGAGCAGAGCUCAGAGGGUUUCACUGUCAUUGCCUUUGCCAUGUACUACUUCACAUAUGACCCUUGGAUUGGAAAGCUUCUCUAUCUUGAGGACUUCUUCGUCAUGCAGGAGUUUCGAGGGCUUGGCAUUGGUUCACAAAUCCUGAAAGUCUUGAGUGAGACAGCAGUGAAGACCCGCUGUAGCAGCAUGCACUUCAUCGUAGCAGAAAACAACACAAAGUCCAUCGAGUUUUAUAAGCGGAGAGGAGCAGCUGAUCUUUCAUCUGAGGAGGGCUGGCGCUUGUUUGAGAUUGAAAAGGAGGAUCUACUGAAAAUGACCCGCAAAUAAAGUUUACUGUUCUGGUGCUUGUACUGUAUGAGAACGCUUAAGUAAUGUUUGUAUUUUGUGGGUAAUUAGAAAGGCUUUGUUCAUGCAUUAAUGAUCAACUGCUACCUUUUAAAAUCAUUGCUUUCUGCUUUUAGUUUAUCUUAUAUUUAACCAGAUCUCUGCUGAUUGAAGAAAAAUGCUUAUUUUUACAGUCUAUGAUGAUGCUAACCUAUUGCUGUUUUGCAUUUCAUGUCAAUCAUUUUGUACCCGUUCCUGUUAAAUUCUCAAAAGCUGUGAGAAAUCAUAAAAAAUAAAAAUAACGAUACAUUUCCUUGUGA